AUCAGCUGUUCAAUGUCAACAAAAACAACAGCUUUUCUCUUCUUUUCUCGCAACAUUUGACUUUUCUGUUGAACUUUUUGUCUGUUUUGUACUUGAUAGAAAUGAAUCUAAUUUUUGAAGAGGCCUUGACAACAAUGUUAUAAUAACCUUGCCAGAUACUAUGAGGUUAGUAGUUAUGUGUGAAGACAUAAAAAACAAAGUUCUAUUUGAUAGGGAAGUCCUCAUAAGACCCACAGGGGAGUGUGACAUGUAAUGACAAUCACAAACAGACUCUCAUACUUUUGCAUUCCCCUCAUAAAAGCUUCCUCAAAAGUUAACUCAAGACCAGGGAGAAAAGUGGGCAGAAAUGUCCCGCACAGGAAGCCUUGGCCUAGACCUGGAGAUCCUGCGCCGCCUCAACCGGGAUCGGCUUGUGCGGGUGUUGGAGGACGCACCAGGAUCCAAGGACCUCGUGAUUGACGGUGACCUCCUCAAGAUGCUAGACCGCAUAGCAGGGGCCACCUUGCUCAGGAGUCAUGGUGUGGAAAAGAUGCACAAGCUGCAGCGUGUUCCCCCUCCAGUGCAGUGUGGGCAGCGGGUGUACAUUGUGCGUCCUGCUCUUGUCACCCUCAAAUAUAUUGCAGAUCAUGUCCAUGAAGAUGCCAGGACCCAUCCUGAUUUGAGAGUUCACGUCGUGGUGGUGCCCCGCAUGACGCCCUGGGUGACGGGGCUGCUGGAGGAGGAGGGCCUCUACGGGACACUCAACCUUCACGAGUUCACGCCGGAGUUCGUGCCUCUGGACGAUGACCUCCUCUCGCUCGAAAUGACUUCGUUCUUCAGAGACGCGUUCCUGGGCGGCGACUACUCCGGGUGCGUGGGCGUGGCGCGGGCGCUGAACACGCUGCAGGGGCUGUUCGGCGCCUUCCCCAACGCGGUGGCGCACGGGCGGGCGGCACGAGCGGUCGUGGGCGCCCUCGACGCCCUCACGGCGCAGGAGUCGCCCAAGAAGGGCCUGCAGCUUCCGGAGAUCGGGCACCUGUUCGUGUUCGACCGCGACGCCGACCUGGUGACGCCCCUGCUGAGCCAGCUGACGUAUGAGGGCGCCCUGGACGAGCACUUCGGCAUCCGCGCGGGCGUGGUGGAGCUGCCGAAGGAGGUGGCCGGCCCCGACGCCCCCACCAAGCUGCCCCUCAACGCCAGGGACACCAUCUACGACAACAUCAGGAACAGGCACUUCGCCGGCGUCUCCGGCUACCUCAUUACGAGGGCGCAUGAGGUGAAGGCGAAGCGCGAGCAGGCGCAGACGAUGACGACGGCGCAGAUGAAGGACUUCGUGGCCAACGAGAUCCAGACGCUGCAGCAGCUGCAGCGAUCGCUGUCUCUGCACCUGUCGGCGUGCGAGGCCAUCACGACGCGCACGCGCAAGGACUUCGACUCGCAGCUGAGCAUGGAGCACGGGCUGGUGACGGGCGCGGGCACGGCGACGGAGGCGCAGACCUUCCUCAAGGACUGCCUGGCCCGCAUGCUGCCCCUGCACGCCAACCUGCGCCUGCUGUGCCUGCUGUCGCUCACGCAGGACGGCCUCUCCAGGGACCGCUACAACAUGCUCAGCCAGCGGCUCCUGGCGGCGCACGGCCACCGGCACCUGGUCACGCUGCAGCACCUGCGCCAGAUCGGCCUCCUCGCCGUCAACGACUCCUUCACGUCUGGCGGCGGCGGCGGCGGCGGCACGGGCGGCGCCAACGGCAGCGGGGGCUCGGGCGGCUCCGGCUCAAGCGGCGUGGCGCCCCUGCAGGACCGGUUGGCGCAGGUGGCGUCGCUGCUGCCCCGCCGCGGCUCCGGCUGGCGCGCCGCCGCCAAGCGCCUCCGCCUGAUCCCCGACGCCGAGCGCAGCAUCGACCUCCACAACCCGACCGACAUGAGCUACGUGUUCAACGGCGCCUACACGCCCGCGGUGCCCAAGGUGGUAGGCGACGUGCUGUCGGGGCGCCUGUCGCCGUCGCAGCUGCAGGACGCCCUCAAGGUGCUGCCGGGGACCACGGUGGUGAGGACGGCCGCCCCCGGAGGGCCCCCGCCCCCCCGCGUGGCCCUCGUCGUCCUGCUGGGCGGCAUCACCUUCGCCGAGGUGGCCGCCUUCCGCCUCCUCGCCCUCACCUCCAGCACCAGGAUCGUCCUCGCCGCCACCGCCACCGCCACCGGGACGGACCUCGUCGGCGCCGCCGUCGUCUAGCUCCUCGCGCCUGGGGGGGAGGAGGGGGAGCCGGGAGAGGAGGAAGAGAAGGAAAGACAGAACAAAUAAAGACAUCGCGGGAGAAGCCAACAAAGUAGACAGUAAACAGAAAAACAUUAUUAUUGGUCUGUAAAAUUUAUACAUUUGUUAAUAAUGGUUUGACACGUUUGUGCCCACACCACAAUCAUUUCUUAGGAAUGUGUUGCUCAACCGAUUGAGAGUGUGUGCGUGCGUGUGUGUGUGCGUGCGCGCGCGCGCGCGCGUGUGUGUGUGUGUGUGUGUGUGUGUGUGUGUGUGUGUGUGUGUGUGUGUGUGUGUGUGUGUGUGUGUGUGUGUGUGUGUGUGUGUGUGCGUGCGUGCAGUAUAUAGAGCGCCUCAUGCCCUAGACAUUAUCCAUUCCACUGCUUACAGCAACUGUAUCAUUAAUUUCUGUAAUAAAACACAUUUGAUUC